CGGCUCCUAGUUUUAGUUGGAGCCAGAGAGGCUGCGAUUUCGUGCAACGCGGUCCAGAUUUCAUUGUUGAUGCAGAAAGCAUGUCCGCGUUUUAAGCGUAGAAGGAUUCUGUCCAUCUCAAUCUCUCCGUCAAUCGAGCGAACUUUCCCGUCCCGCUUCAUUGAGUCGGAUUCCAUCAAUCCUUCAGCUGGUCGAUCGAUCGAUCGAUUUUUCGAUCCGUCGAUCUCUGCAUCGUUCUCUCACAUCCGUUAAGGGUUUCCAAUUGAGGUUUAGACAUGGCGAGUGGGGUUGGGGAAGGGACUAGCAGGACACCCCCAAGCUCUUCAUUCUCUAAUGGUGGAGGUGAUGCUGCGAAUUUUGAGUGCAAUAUUUGCUUGGACUUGGCGCAAGACCCAAUUGUUACACUCUGUGGACAUCUAUUCUGCUGGCCUUGCAUGUACAAGUGGCUUCACGUUCACUCCCAAUGCAGUGAAUGCCCUGUCUGUAAGGCUCGUAUUGAGGAAGAAAAGUUGGUUCCUUUAUAUGGUCGGGGGAAGAACUCGACCGAUCCUAGGUCAAGGUCUAUUCCGGGAAUGGAAAUUCCUCAUCGCCCCACUGGGCAGAGGCCUGAAACUGCUCCUCCGCCACAACCAAAUGCUUUCCCACAGAAUGGGUUCGGGUUUCCCGGUGGGUUUGGUGGGUUUGCUCCAAUGGGAGCUGCUAGGUUUGGUAACUUUGGAAUCUCUACGGCAUUUGGUGGUCUCAUUCCGUCUUUGUUUGGGAACUUUGCUCUCUCGGCAGCAUUUGGUGGUCUCAUCCCAUCUUUCAACAUUCAAGUGAAUGGUUUCCCUGAUGCUGCUAUGUAUGGGGCAGCCGCUGGUCAUCCAUAUGGAUAUCCAAACGCGUUUCAUGGCGUUCCUGCUCAUAGGUUCCCUCGUCGCUCAUAUCAACAACAGCAGGCUGAUACUGCCCUAAAGGUGCUCUUUGUGGUAAUUGGUUUCUUUGUGAUCCUCGCUCUAAUUUCGACUUGAGGAGUGUGUGCCAUUGGGGAUUGAUUUUUUAUAGUGAUUUUAUUGUUUCUUAGAUGUAGAACCUAUCAACUAGUCAUUUCUGUUUUGGCUGGGAAUAUUGUCCAUAUAUGAUACACGAUGGAAGUCUUUGCUUCCAUUCCCUCAACCCUUGUUCUUUAAGAGCCCUUCUGCUAAGACUUUAAUGGGUGAAGUUGUAGUUGUCAUGGCUGAAUUAAACGAGUUAUUUAAAUUAUAAAUAUUAUAAAUAGUCCAUAUAUGUUAAAA